AUGCCUGCUGUGUCUCAAAUUUCUAGCGGCAUCUUCAAUGGCCUGAUGCGGAAAAACGCCACCUGGCUGACGACCAUCUUCCUUGGCGCCUUCACGUUCGAGCUGGCAUUUGAGGGUGUAACAAACUCUAUAUGGGACAAUUGGAACAAAGGUCGGCAAUGGAAAGACAUCAAACACCGAUACAUACAACAAGCUGAAGAAGAGGACGAGGAGUAG